AUGGGCGACAUGGCAGCAGCAACGUCCAGCGACGACUUCCAUCGCCCAGUUGUCACUCUUCGAGAUCCGGACUGCCCAUUCCACAGCAUCUUGGACCUCGUCGACUUCAACGCCAAACACAAUCCAAACCACACCUUCGCAAUCCAGCUGACCAAGGACGUCGACGGGGGUCUGACGGAAAAGCUCGUCAUCAGCUUCCGUACCUUGAAGUCAACAAUCUUAGCAUGCAGCAAUGAUCUUGCUCAGACUGUCUUGGGAGGAGCUCCAGAAGCUUCGCAGCCAGUGGCUCUCCUCAUGGCAAGCCAUGUCUGCCUGAUCAUCUACAUGUUUGCACUGAUGCAUCGCAAAGUUCCGGUCGUGUUGCUUUCAGCACGGUUGAGUCCUUCGGCUAUCGAGCACUUGCUGAAGGCGACCGGAACGUCCAAGAUCAUUGCCAGCGCAAACCUGCUCGAGCGCGUAAAAGACGCCGUGGCGAAUCAUGUGUCGUUCGAGCAAUUUUCAGUCCAUGAACAGGAGUCCUUGGAAGCUCUGAUUGCCAGGGACGAGAGCAUGUCGAUGUCCAGUCAUACCUCGUUGGCACAGGGCACGCCGACCAAGCAUACCGAACACAGUCUGAUUCUUCACUCAUCAGGCACUACGGGCAUGCCGAAGCCAAUAUACCACACAGAGCGUUAUCUGCUGGCAUUUGCUACCUGCCAUGAUCUGCCCGUAACCCCGGAUGGACCAUGCUUGUCAACACUGCCGCUCUUCCAUGGAUAUGGCCUGCUUCCCUCAUGCCUGGCCUUGAGUGUGGGACUGACAGUAUGCUUGCCUCCAAAAUCGGAGAUACCAAAUGCGCCCGCCAUGGUUCAUUACCUUCGACUCGUCAACGCCGGGUCGCUCAUCAGCGUGCCGUCGGUAUUGGAAGACAUGGCAGCAUCCGAUGGGCUCAAAGUGUUGAAGCAACUUGCGUUCGUCGCUUUCGGAGGCGGCAAGCUGAAAGAAUCUGCUGGACAAGCACUCAUUGUAGGUGGAGUACCAUUGUUGAACCAUUACGGCGCAACCGAGAGUGGUCCUCUGGCGCCGAUCUUUGUUCCCGGAAGUGACUAUGAUUGGCAUUAUUUUCGACUUCGCGAGGAUGCAGGCAUCCAGCUUCAGCCGACCGGUGUGAACGACGAUGGACGGCAACAGUUUCGCUUGUCGGUUCAGCCACCGGGUUGGAACAGUAUUUUUCAGAUCCAAGAUGAGCUUGUUCGAGCACCGCUUAGUGUCCACCAGAACUAUGCAGCUGUUGGCAGGAUGGAUGAUGUAUUGGUGCUGGCCAAUGGUGAGAAAGUCCGACCAGGGAUACUGGAAGCCCAGGUCACAGAGCAUCCAGAUGUCAAGUCUGCCAUCGUCUUUGGUAACGAUCAGACUGAGGUCGGCCUGCUGCUCCAGCCAGCACACAGGGUCGAUGUUCAGGAACAUGGUCGGUUCGUGGAUUUGAUUUGGCCAGAUAUCCAGAACGCGAACCUGCUGAUGGACGCUCAUGCGCAAGUUUUAUCGAAACAGUGCGUGAUUGUUGUCCCCCAUGAUGCAGAACUGCCACGAUCGGACAAAGGCUCCAUACUGCGCAGAGAAGUGUAUACGACAUUCGAAGUGGAAAUAUCGAACGUGUACACGCGAUUGGACAAUUCGGUGAACAAGAAACUCGCCGAGCCUCUGCGUUGGGAGAACUUUGAAGAUGAUAUUAGUACAAUGCUCCAUAAACAUUGUCACUUACGAUCCCAGCCAGGAGGACUUUCUCCCGACGACGACCUCUUUGCAAGAGGUCUGGACUCCCUUCAGGCAGUGCAACUUCGCCGCAGGCAACAAGCAUCGUUAGCAAAUUCGCAGAAGAUGGCUCUUCAGGCGGAGUCUCUGCCGCGCGACUUCGUCUACCGCUUUCCAUCGAUUCGGAAGAUGGCAGACGCAAUGCGAGGCGUUCACCACGAGGAGUUCGACACCGAGUUCGACCAAGUUGCGAUGGACAAGCUCGUGGCGCAAUACUCAACGAGCAAUAGAGUGCAUAUUGCACUUAUCACUGGAGCUACUGGAGGUCUGGGCUCGCACGUUGUCGAGCACCUGGCGAAGUCACCCAACAUCCAUACUGUCUUUUGUCUCAUACGCCCAGAGCCGGAGUGUGAUCCAAAGGCGAGAUUGUUGAAGGCUUUGAGCCUCAGAGGGCUUGACCUGGACGAGGUGGCAGAAAGUAAGGUCCGCGUUCUGGAGUGCGACCUUGCAAGUCAGGACCUGGGCCUAAGCGGGGAGGACUACCAGCAAGUCUUGACCUCUGUCAGAUGGGUCAUGCAUGCUGGUUGGCCAAUGGACUUUAAACUGACUCUGGCGUCCUUUGCACCUGCUUUCCAAGCUCUGCGAAACCUGCUGUCUCUCGUUGAUAAGAUCGGCAGAUCUGGCAGAGAUGCGACACCGAAGUUUGUAUUCAUCUCUUGCUGCGCACUGGACAUUGGCUAUGCGAGGGCAAAGCUUGUGUGCGAAGCCAUUGUUGAACAUGCUUCCACACACUGCUCGACUGCCACUGUCCAGUACAUCCGAAUGGGACAACUAUGCGGAAACUCAAAGACUGGGAUCUGGAACGAGGAGGAACAUAUACCUGCCCUGUUGAAGAGCAGCCUGGUCAUGGGUGCCUUGCCAGAGAUGUCAGGAACGCUGUCCUGGAUCCCAGUGGAUCAAGCCGCGGAGGUUGCGUGUGACAUUCUCUUGGACACUGGAUCGGAGAGGCUCUGCUUCCAUGUAGAGUCGCCGAUACGACAGUCUUGGGCGGAUAUGUUGUCCAUCAUACGCCGCCAACUCGGUCUUCACAAGACCACGGCGUACGAUCAGUGGCUGGCCGAAUUGUCCCAGACGGCGUCAACCGACUCUCCCGCUGUCAAGCUUUUGCCUAACUUCCAGACACACUUCGAGCGUAUGGCGUGCGGACAGGUAACUCUGGAUACAUUCGCAGCGCGUGAGGUCUCUCCAGCACUCAGACGCGUGGGUGGAGUGAGCGAUGUGGAGAUCGGGAGAUAUGUUGCUCGAUGGCGCGAGUCGGGAUUCCUCAAGUAG